UCAGCCCUGACACACCGGGACCAAGGCACAGAGAGGAGGCCAGCUGGAGCAUCGCCACACCUCAUUUAAAGUGCAUCGCAGUUGAUCUGAGAUUCAAGAUGCCGGUGUGUACCAUCGUGGAGAAGUGUAACGGCGCGGUGGCAGGAGCGGAGCUGUCCUGUAGCGUCCGGGAGGAGAACAAGGCCCAGAGGGAGAGCUACUGCGCCGACUGGAGGAGCAUCAGCCUCAAGACUCAGCCUGAGGAACGGAAGACGGUGAACAUGAACGACGCCUACCGAAAGGAGACCCUCAGCCGGCAGUGGAAGACCUCCCCUCUUACUCAGUCCUGCCCGUCCGGCGUCCUGCGCGUGGGCACCGUGGAGCGUGGCGUGAGGGAGCACCAGCUGCUGCCCAAGCGACACACCCUGCCCUUGCCCAUCUUCACCCCGGCCGAGCUGGGCGUCCGGCUGGGCCGCGGCGCCCCCCACGCUCCCGAGGACUUGCGGCCCUUCCCGACGGUGGACGGCGCCUGCCCUGACAAGAGGAGCGUGGACGACAUCACGCGGGACCUGCCGCCCGUCAAGCCCACACUCAUGGAGUUCUCCAAAGCGCCCAAAGCCCUGGGGCGCUCCAUGUCCCAGGAGGCCCAGCGAGGGUGAAACAAAUAUGGACGACAGGGUGGAUGAUGAACGUGCAUGCACUUUUGACAUCCUGAGCCCUCUUGUUUUUUUUUUGUUUUUUUCCCUGAUUUGUAGCACUGGCUGUUGUAAGCCAGCACGGCAAACAAAGACAUGUUUGUGUUCUUCAUGGGACAGAGGGUAAUAAUUCUAAGUAUCGACUGCACUUUAGUGAUAGGCACAAUGACACAACAAGUGACAAAAAGCAUAGGAAGGAAGCGUCAAACCGAGCACACAUUUGACAUUUUUACAAAACCAAAAAGUCACAUAUUCAGUAGAGAAGCAAUGAUGUGUGGUGGUAGUGGAGGAACAUUUCAGGAACUAUUCUGUCUUUCACUAUAUGUUGCUGGCUGAGAUGGAUGGACAUACAAUUAGAAUAUUUCGAGCAAAUAAGCAUUUUCGAUGCAAUUAGACACGGUUGUGCUCUUAGUGGGACGGAAAAACUUCGGUAGUCAGCAUCAAGUGAAAGAUGGACGGAAGAGUAAGUGGUUCUGAGAACAUUCGUGCGUGAUAUAGUGUACAUACAGUACUUUUGUGUCUUGUUUGUGUGUCCUUAGACUGAGGGGAUGUUAUUUAAGAUUAGCUGUGAUUAGAAAUGUACAUGUUUGAAAUUGUGUUUUUAAUAAUAAAAUCCGAGCUGGA